CCACGCUCCACUCCAAGCAGCCGCGCUACGAAAGAAGAGGAGGAGGAUGGCCGGGCAAGCACCCGAGUUCACGGAUUCCUUCGGCGUGCAGACCGACGACUACGGCGACUUCAUCCGCAUAGUCCGGCACCACGUGAUCGACUACUGCAGCGACAAGCGCGGCGACGGCAUCGUCCAGCCCGUGCUGCCGCCGGAGAAGGCGGUCCCGAGCAGCUGGUUCCACGUCGUCCUCGGAAACACGCCGGCCAGCUCCGUCACGCUCGCCAUACGCAUGGACAACCUCUACCUCGUGGGCUUCAGGACCCCGGCCGGGGUGUGGUGGGAGUUCGGCAAGGAGGGCGGCGCCCGUCUCAUCGCCGGCUCCACCUGGCUCGGCUUCGGCGGCCGGUACCAGGACCUCAUCGGCCAGAAGGGGCUGGACGCCGUCACGCUAGGCCGUGCCCAGAUGGCCGCGGCGGUCGACGUCCUGGCGAAGCAUGGCACCACCAACGCACUGGAGGAGGAGGAGGAGGGAGUCCACGCCGACCCGUACGCCGUGCCCAAGACCAUGCUGGCGAAGCUGGUGAUCAUGGUGUGCGAGGGGCUGCGGUUCCUCACCGUCUCCGGCAGGGUGGACAGGGAGUUCGACAUGGCGGAGGUGACCAUCACCGAGAUAGAGGGGAAGCAGGUGAACAAAUGGGAUAGGAUCUCGGCGGCGGUGUUCAAGUGGGCCGUCGACCCGACUGCUCCGUUCCCCGACCUGGUUGCGUUGGACGUCAGCAAUAAAACAGACGCGGAACGCAUCGUCGUGCUCGUCAAGGAUCAAACUACGCAUGAGGAGUAGCACGCGCGCGGGUGAGAACAAGAACGAUAUCUGAUCCGAUGACUCGUUGUUCUUAUUGUACUUGUAAGUAUGCAUUUUUUUUCCGGGAUUGUACUUGUAGUAUGCUAUUGUAUGUUAUGCUUGAUUCACUUA